UUCCAACUCUAUUGUAUGUACAUUGUAAACCAACAAUCAAAAAAAAAAAUCAACAUAGAUUUCAUAUUGUAAACAAGAUGAGCAAACCAUACAUGAAUCUCCCUUUGCUCAUCUCCACUCUCCUCCUCCACCUCCCUUCACUCAUUCACUCACUUCCACCACCCCCACCACCACCGGAACGCUGCUACCCGGACGACAAGCGGGCCCUACUUGAAAUCAAAGCCUACUUUGGGAACAACCUUAGUGACUUCUCAACAUGGUCACCCCAAACAGACUGCUGUAACAAAUGGACUGGUGUUCUUUGCAAGAAGAUCCCCAAGACCAAUACCCACCGUGUUAACUUCCUCGAAAUCAUCCAAUCGGAUCAAAUCGUGGGUACAAUCCCAUCUUCACUACAAAACCUCCCUUACCUUGAGACCCUAAUCUUAAGACUACUACCCAAUCUCACGGGUCCAAUCCCACCAUUUAUAGGUAAACUCACAAAUCUACAAUACCUUUCGCUAAAUUGGGACAGUCUAAGCGGACCCAUCCCAAAUUUCUUAUCCCAACUUACAAAUUUAGCUACACUUAGUCUUAACAACAACCAUUUCACGGGUACUAUCCCAUCUUUCUUGGGUCACCUCCCUUUUCUUAUUGGACUAGACCUUUACGAAAACCAUCUUACUGGCACAAUCCCAAACACAUUCGGGUCAUUUACCCAUAAAACAUUCAUCGAUUUGCACAACAAUCACUUAUCUGGGUCAAUUCCAAAAUCAUUAGGACAGGUUAAUUUUGAGAUUUUAGAUCUUUCGGGAAAUCAAUUAACGGGUGAUGCAUCCUUUCUAUUUGGGGAAGAUAAGACCGAUUUGGCACACUUAAUCCUUUCCAGAAAUAGAUUGUCUUUUGAUUUCUCAAAGGUGGUAAUGCCUGUUGGUGAGCUUAAUUCCAGCUUGUUGAUACUUGAUUUAAGCCAUAAUCAGAUUUAUGGGAAGUUGCCUGAUUGGUUAGGAGAAGCACCAGAUUUGCGUAUAAUCGAUUUUAGCUAUAACCGCCUUUGUGGGCCCAUCCCUACUGCCGGAGGAGGAUUACAAGUUUUUGAUGCUUCUCCAUUUGAGCAUAAUUUGUGUUUAUGUGGUGCUCCAUUGCCCCCUUGUAAGUCCUAGCUAGUCAUUCAGCUGUAAAACGACUACUUUCUACACUAGCUACGUAGCUCAAGUUAGUUAAUGUAGUUAUUACGCAGAGGGGUCUUUGGGGAUGUGCAAGCUGAUCGACCGUAUGAAGCCUUUUUCUCUCGUAUAUGAAAAUAGUAAAUAAAAAAAUAAAUAUGUUAAGUUUAUUAAUAAAAUAAUUAUAUUUAUUUACUAAAAUAAAGCGUAAAGUAAAAGUUUUGUCCUGGACUCCAAAUUUUUCAAGACGACUUUGUUAUUAGGUUGUUACAAGGUUGUUAAAACAACUAGAACCUGUUUGGUUAUUAGUACUAAAUACUGGUAAUUGGAAUAAAUUAUAUAGUAAAUUUUCAUGAUAAAAUGUCAUUAAUUCACAGAGUAAUGAAAUAUCGAUCAUAAGAAAGUUUUUUUCUUUUCAUAUUUUUCAUUACAAGUUAAUAUCAAAUUUUCAAAUGGUAUUGCUUUGGAAUUAAUUUUGCGAAGAAAAUGAGAGUGUCGAAUUGGAAGAAGCUGGAUCUUUAUUGGAAAUACUUCACAUAUAGAAAGAUCAAAUAUCACUAAAAUAGUGAGUUGUGAACUUAUAUAUAAUACUGCUCGAUUGGUAAUCCUCUUAGUAACAUAUGGCUUUGGAAAAUAAAAAGUGAAUUUUAUCAAGUGUAUAAUGUGUAUGCAAGUCUAAAGCUCAUUACUCAUGGAUUUAUGAACCUGAGAUCACAUGUGCCUGAAAGUAUGUCCACACAAGUGGACCCACGGGAUAAUUAUAUAACGAAUUAUGUCGGGACAUUAUUAAACGUAUUAAAAUAUAUCACUAAUAAAAUUACACUAACGUUUUACUACCAAUUAUUAUUUAAAAUCGACUACCAAACGUGCGGAUAAUAUACUAAACCUUUUCUGUACUUUUUGAUCUUUCCCUUAUGUUGUCAUGAGCCUAUAGGCCCUAUAUCUAUAAAUAGAG